AAUUUAUAAUUUUUAAAUCAUAUGUUAAAAAACCUUAAUUAAUCUACACAAACAUGAAUCUUAAAACAAGUCAAACUCACAAGGCCUACGCAAUCAAAGCAGCAGUUUAAACAAAACUAAUUUCAGCAAUUCCUUGUGCACUUGUGGGACCCGUCUCACGAGUGCACGGCGUCUGUUGCGCCCCGAAUUUGGGUUCUGGGGCGUGACAGAUUUAGUGGUAUCAGAGCUUAGGUUGAAAUUAAGAGCUUAGGUUUAAAUUAAGAGUUUAAGAUUAAAUUAAGCACCUCCAAAUUGAGUGGCAUUAGAGCAGAUUGAGUGAUAUCGAGCCUAGGUUUAAUUAAAUACCUAAGAUUUGUUUUGGACUUGGCUAGCUAAUGGAUUUUAGAACCGUGGUGAGACGAGUGAUGGGGUAAAUAAGGAACGAUUCUGAUUCGUGUUGUCUGAAUAUUCUAAUCCAUUCUGAUGAGAUGGAUAUCUGAUUGUUCUUGUUUCUUGCCUUCAUACUCUGUGUGAAGUUGUGAAAGUAAUCUUGCCCGUUAUGUUCUUAAGACCUUGUUUUGAAACUUGGUCAUUUUCUUAUAGUCCGCACUUGUUUAGGCUUGUUACGUGAAUAGAAUUUUUGUGUGCUCUUUUGCCACAAUUGUGAAAUCUGGGGAGUUGCAGAGACUUUUGUUAUUGAUCCUGUUAGUCUCUACAGCAUAGCUGGUGGAGAAUUUGUUCUGUUUGUCACAUGACCAGUGGAGGAAUGGGCAACCCUCUACUUUGCAAGAGAUUCAAGGCUAUUUUAGCAAAUGUUCCUCGCCUCCAUGAGCUACGAGACAUGAAUCUUCUAAGCAUCUUGAUCCCAGUCAUUGCUUUGUUCUGUUAAUUAAUUCGUGUUACUUGGGGUGUUAAAUCUUGACAUCUUGGUUAUAUCUGCUUUUGAAUCCAUGUUCUGAUUGUCAUGAUUGAAAUCUCUUUUGUGGGCCUAAUUUUUUGGAAUUCUAUUGCUUGUUUCAUGGUUAACUUUUGUCUCUCAAUUUUGAUUGCUUGGUUAAAUUUGAUCUUGACUCUAGGUGAAUGCCAUUUUGUUGCUGAAUUCUUUGAGGCAUUCUACCUUGCACUCUUGUGUUCCAGUAUUCUUCCAAGCAUUCAUAUUUUCCAUUGAUUUUAUUCUAUUGCAAUUCUUGACAUUCUUACAUGUCUUUGGAUGGUCCUAGCUUUUAACUCUUGUUAAUUGCUAAAAUCUGUUUCUUGAUUCCAAUUGCUUUGUUAAAUAUGACCUUGCCUAUUGGUUAAUCUUGUUUUGUGGCAAAAUGUAUAAGGCAUCCAUGCACUCGUUCAUUCAUACAUGAUCCAUAUAUCCAUUGGAUGCUUAUCCAUCUUUGAUAGAAUUGAAAUUUUGUUGUAAUUGUCUUUAAAUCCAUGCCAUUCUUUGCUAACUCGUCUUGUGUUGGGUUCAAAGCGUAACCCCACAAUUGUUCUUUUGUGGCUUUGGCAGGAUUUAUUUUAUUCCUUGUGCUUCCCGUAUCACCCCAGCCUCUAGUAGCUCAUUUCAUGGUAAAUCCUAUUAAGUAGUUAAUGUUCUGCUUUUAGGAUUAGUUGUGAUUUGAUGUCAGAGUGGCGCAGCGGAAGCGUAGUAGGUUAUGUUCUGUUCAUAGAAAGAGUUAGUGGAGCAUUUGUUUUGCCUUGGAUUGGGUGAAGCCAUUCACCAGUCUAGAUGGUCCUCAAUUUGAGUUUUGGGGACAAAACUCCUUUUUAGGAGGGGUGGAUGUAAUACCCCAAAAUUUUGUGCUAUUUUAGCAUUUAAGUAGGGGUUUUUGUGUGAGAAAAUAUUGUUUUGGGCUUGAUAGCCAAAAGUUUGAAAGUU